CGCGUGUGGCCGUGCAUGUACGUGCUAAAAACGCAUCGUUGCUCUGCGUCGUAUCGACUGCGAGGUUGCUUGCUUUUGCAGCGGACUCGUUCGAUUGAUCAUUCGCGUAGCGUCGCGAUCUCGCUGUUUCGCGCGAUCGAGCCCUGCGCGCAUAGGGCCGCUAUACGCUUUCUACGACACGAGAUCUAUAGGCUUGCGAUUAAAGAUCAGCUGUGUAAGCCGCAAAACAACGCUUCCGACUCUUCGCUGCACACCAAGACAGUACAUAAGGAGCCAAGUCUGUGGUGCAUUAGCAGCGGCACGCGGGCUCGCGUUCCCGGCCGCUACUGCUCCACCAUAGACUUUAUCAAUGUGCACGCGCACCUAUUUUCGUUGCUUCGUUCCAAGCAAAAUCUCGCGUAGCAGCUGGCCUCUUUCGCUCGUUACCAGUGUCGCGCUUGGGUCCUGCAUGCCCAUUAAUUGCUUUUCGAAUCUAUAUACGCAUGGUACAGCUUUCUCUGCGCCGUAUAAUAAUAUUCCUGCGACUUUUUGUUUCCAUCCAUCGUUGAAAUUGUGUUUUGUGUAUAUACACUCUUGGCUGUCUGUAUCGAGUCUAUGGACCCGCGCGACCUCACACUGGCAUAUGCAACUUACUUACAAACAUCCCUCGCUGCUGUCGCUCAUUUAACCAACUCCACUCCAUUGCUUGUUUUCGGCUCUGUGAAGCUGGGCAUUAUUUUUCGCGUCUUUCUCUCUGUUCAAUACUUCAAUAUUAGUUUGAAACUAAUUAACCUUAUCACUAGUGCUCUACUGCAACAAUUAUGGUUUAACCUAGAAAUAUUUGUAUCCCUAACAAGCCUUACUUGUCAACAAUUCACAUACAGGACAAAAAUGAUCCACUAGUGAUACAUGUCCAGAAUGGCAUGUAACAAGUUUGUGAAAUUGCAUUAGUGACUACUGACUUCAAACAAUGCCAGUAAAUUACAUUUGGCUGCUUGAUUUAGGAUAAACUCUAUCUGUGACCUUUGCGACAUGUGUAGUUUAGUGAAUGUACAACACUGCAGCACUAUAUGUGACCUUGAGUUUUAGCUAUGCUGCUAUAUUUCAAGUUUACCUAGUUAAAUGUGCAUCAUACGAUUGCAAUAACAGUGAUCUAGUGCUUAUAAAUGGGUGAAGUGUCAGAGUUUUCAUGUUCGAGCAAUAAAACUGAGCCUAUAUACUUGACUCGAAUGAAUCUUUUUUUUAAUGGAUAGUGAAUUGUUCAAGAGCAAUUUAAGUUGACCUUUCAUCACAGCUGUACUUCAUAAAGGUCUUAAGUUUUACCAAGUUCAUGUGGAAUGCUCGCGAUAAAUCAAAAGUUAAUUACUCGUCUUAAUCCUAGAAUUUUGAAAAGUUACAUGCAUGUCAGGAACAGGCAGUCUUGGGCGUAAACGCGUUGAGUGGCGUCGUAACGCCAAUACUUGUGUAUUGUACACGUUGUGCUUAAAAAAUUGAGUUAUUUAAUCAAGUGUUUGGUAGCUCAGUAGCUGCCCAGUAUUGCGGAGUGCUGCUUGGGCAUGCAGCAGCCGCAGUCACGCCCUCUUAUUGGGGACUCUGGAUCCUCUUCAACAACCCCCAACACGCGUCGUAAUGGUAACAAUCCUGUGGCGGUUCUUACUCAACAACAGUUCCAACAAAUACAGCAACUCCAAUCUCAAAAUUCUGGUCAACAAUCUGUUACUUUUACUUUACAACAACCUAGCAAUACUCCUCAAGAUGCAACAAAUGUAACGACCACUGGAAAUCAUAUACUGUAUUUGAAUCAGUUGAGCCAAUUAAAUCAGGGCGCCAUAAAUUCAUCGGGGACUGGAAUGGGACUUUCCACGACCACCCCUACUUUUGGGGUUGGUCUAAAUAUGGGAUUGCCUUUAUCACUUUUGAAUACAAAUUUAAACUCUCUAGCUUCUAAUGCCAUAACAACAUCGAAUCAACUUGUAAAUUUAAGCAUUCCCAACAUCAAUUCGGGCUUAACUGCAAUAAAUCCUAGCAUAAAUCAAUUAAGCUCUUUAGGUACAAAUUUAAACUCAAAUUUAACCCCUGAUCCCAUUAGUAACGGGCUUUCAAACAUCAGUCAAGAUUUGGCUGGAAUAAGUAGAUUGGGCACUCUGAAUUCUACCAGUAUUAGUUCAGGAAUAUCUAACAUUAGUACAGGUUUGACCAAUGUCAAUACUAAUCUAAACAAUUUGAAUAAUUCUACUUUAAGUCCAAAUCUUGCCUCUAUAAAUGCUAGUUUAAGUUCCAAUAACUCUGCUGCCAAUUCUCUAAAUACUCUAAAUUCAAACAUCAGUCUAUCAAAUAAUUUGAAUUCAACUUUGAACCAGCAAGGGCUUAACAGAUCAUUAGCUACAAUCGGGAAUUUAAAUCCUACAAGCAGUACUACCCAAUUUCCUUUUCAAACUAUUCAGAGUAUACAAAGUAUUGCCCCUCAUAUUGUUGGUGCAAACCUUACUAAUGUUACGUCUUCAAUAACGCAGAACCAAAGUAGUAUUGCUAAUUCAACUGCUCAAGUUACUGGAUCUUCAAUUAAUUCAUCUUCUACUUUCACAAAUACUCUUGCCUCAACUUCAAAUGUUACUCAUGGAUCUAAUGCUAAUCAACAGUUAAAUACAGCUCAGUUUGGAAUAGUUAAUUCUACUAUUCAGAGUAUAUCAGCAACUCAACUUAAAACAAAUGAAUCCACUCCUUCAAUCAGUAAUUUUUGUCAAUUUUCCACACAACCUUUAAGUCAUACAUCAAAUCAGAACACAAGUUCGAUAAUUCCAAACAUAAAAACAAUGCAAAACAUACAGAGUCAAGCAGCUACUUCUCCAAGUAGUCCAUUUUCUAUGCCUUUAAAAAGUCCAUCAUCCUCUAAUAUCACACCUCCUACACCAAGUCCAAGUCCUAAUAGCAGAGUUGUGCUACGAAGUCCUGCUCCUAAUUCUAUACAAGCUAGAAACAGUCCAAGUCCAGUUGCCUCAUCUACAGGUAAUUUCAACAUUCAAUUGCAACAGAGCCCAAUGCAAAGCCCAGUUAGCGUUGGUCAAAUUCAAAGUCCCAUUCCUAGUCCGUAUGCACCUGCCAAAAGCCCUCAUCUUUUGGGAGCUGGAUCAUCACUGAACAAUAAGAGUCCUGUACCUGGUGGCAGUCCAGGUCCCCCAGUCGUGAGGCCUAACACGCCUAUUUUACAGCCAGGAAUGCAAGUUCUUCAAAUAAUACAGGGUCCCCAGGGUUACCAACAAGCUACUCAACAGCUUGUCACUCGAGCUCAAUUAUUUGGUAAUCAACAAAUUCAAAUUACAAAUAAGCCAAAUAAGCAACCACCACAAAUUUUACCGAAGCCACCAAUACAACAAAAUAAUGUAGUCAACCAACAAAAACCAAGAGUAUCGACUUCAAUAAAUAAUCAGGUACAGCAACAGUCUCAAAGUCAAAUUAUUUUCACGAGUCCUCCACAAAAUCAACAAACACAAAACAUGAUGCAACCUCAAGUUGUGUUGAAUCAGGUUUUACCUUCAACUGGGCACCAAGUGCUUGGUUUGCAAUCUGGCCUACAGUUACUGUUGAGGCCAAAUACUCAACAACAAACUCAUCCUACACAGUUGCCUGCUCAACCAAUUUUGAGAGUCGUUACGGCUCCAAAUAUGCAAUUGCAAGGUCUUGGACCAACUUUCUUUGCUGUACCUAAUGGGUUUUCAUCACCUGCUACUCCUGUAAUUCGACAAACACCUACGAGUUCUGCUCCAUCUAAUACCAGUAAUAACAAUUCGAUUGUGCUGCAAAAUGCCGUGGUGCAAAAUUCACAGAACCAGAUAUCUCAAUCGAAUCCUAUUAAUGCAGCGGCAAAUGUUCAAAGUUCUCAAACAAUAUUAAAUCAGAAUCUUCUUCCUCCGCCAAAGAAAAAAACGAAAAAGAAGAAAAAGUCCAAGAAAAAAGAAGAUGAGCUACCGAAACUUGACCUUGCAAGUAUAAUGAAAAUAUCAGGAAUUGGAGAUGAUGAUGAUUUAUUUGAUGGUGACUUCGGGCCUGAAGCAGAAAAACCGUCUUUAGUUGAGAAUAAUGUACAAAACAAUUCGUUUGUUACAGUUCCAACUUCUACGACCCAAAGUGUUACACAAACUUUAAAUCAACAAAACAUAGCUUCACAAAAAGUUCUUCAACAAAAUGUUGUUCAACCAAAUAUUCUUCAACAAAAUGUUGUUCCUCAAAACGUCGUUCAACAAAAUAUUCAUCAAAAUGUUAUCCAACAAAAUGUUUCUCAGCAAACACCAACAACAAACCUUCCAAGUAAUCAAACGCUAUGCGUUCAAGAUAAUUCAAGUCAAUCAAGUGCUCAACUCCAAUCACCCAUUAGUGGUCAAUUGAGAUUAGCUAUAGGUGAAAAUGGUCAAUUUAUCUUGCAUCACACACCGGAUCCUAAUCACCCUAAUGAAAUUGAUCCAGCUACUGCUCAAGCCUUACUCAAGUCAUUAACUCAAGGAGGUGGACAAAAUGCACAAAUAAUAGCCCAAUUGAUUGCGCAGUCUCAAGCUAUACAAAAUGCACAAAACAAAAAUAACGUUAUCAAUAAUAAUAAAUUGACAAUUGUCAAGCCUUCUGUUACCAAUAAUUUGCGUACGACUCCGAUUACUAACACAUCAAACCAGCAAGUAACAAAGCAAAUUAUUUGUCAACAAUUACAAGUUAAUACAAGUUCUAGUAAUUCUCAAAAUUUCAAUAGUUCUAAUACUUUGCAAAAUUCAAAUCAAAAUGUUGUACAAACUCAAAAAAAUAUAGUAGUAUCUCGAAAAGUAUUUGAUACUAAAAAGCAAGUUGUUGCCAAAACUAGUAUUUGUCAGAGAGUUGGAAAUCAAAUUGUGAAUCAGAUAACUCAUAAUCAACAGCAAACAGCCAAUGCUCAACAAGUUAAGUGUAAUCAAAUAAAAGGAAAGAAUGCUAUCAUUAACGUAAGUCAGCCACAAAAUAUACGAACAAACAUCUCUCAGAUUCAAAAACCCAUGCAGAUUUGUGGACCUACUCAACAAAAUAUUCAAGUAUUAAAAAAUCCUCAAAGUCAAACGAAUCAAGUUAACGUUCAAGAAGACGGUAAAUUUAGUUUAUUACAAAAUCAAGUUAUUUUGAAUCCAAAUGCAACGCAAAAUUUGAAUUCUCAUCAAAGGCAAGCUCAAACAUUUCAACAAAUUUUUGAUAGUUUACAGUCUAAUGUUUCACGGCAAAAUGCUGACGGCAUCAAAAUCGAAACAGCAAAUGUUCUACAAAAUUCUACGAAUAAUGUACAGCAAUCUCAACCUCAAACUUUGAAUUUCAUUCAACAGAAUGCGGAAAAUAAUACUUCAACAAAUGAUCAUAGUCUACAGCUCGGAUCUGAUGUUCAAUUAACCCAACAACAAACUAUUCAAACAAAUUCUAAUAUUCAAAGACAGCAAAAUACAAAGCCCAAUAAUAUGUUAGGAAGUAACAUCACACUUGAUCAACGUCAGAAUGUUCCGACCAACAUAUUAAUAUCAAAUUCUUCUGUGCCAAUUGAACAGUCACAGCAACUUAAAUUGGAAACCAAAAAUUUGUGCAAUUUGAGUACUUCGGCUUUAUCUAUUUUCAAUGGUGCACCAAAAUUUACAACAGAAAUUCUUAAUGCCUUGAAACAUUUAAAUCCAAAUGAUCAGUUACUCAUUGCAACUGCCAAUGGACAAAUGCAAGUAAUUAGUCAGCAAAUAUUACAACAAUUUUUGUAUGCACAAAUCCAAGCACAAAAUCAAGCCCUAAACCAACAACAACAACAACAACAACAACAACAACAACAACAACAACAAAAUUCAACAUCUAACUUAGCUAUAAAGGAUGUUGAUGCAAACAAUCCAAAUACCCCAGAAGUUCAAAUUAAUACACCAACCGGUCAAAUCAUUGUAAAUACUUCUCAAGCUCCUACAAUACAAAAUAACAUACGAAAUAUUGUUGUUCAGACAUCUUCAUCACAGAUUCCACAAAGUAUUCAAAUUCAAAAUUCUAGUUUUCCUAAUCAAUUUUUAGAUCAAUUGAAUCAACAGCAACGUAAUAAUAUUAGCGUUAGCAGUGGUAACAGUUUGAAUUCAACAAGUCACAAUACAGUAACAAAUCAAGCAAUCUCACAAAAGAAAGUCAAAGCAACGAAAAAAGCUAAAAUUAUGGUGCAACAAACAAUGAAAAUUAUAAACGCUACCAAACCUGUUACAACCGUAACUGUUAGUUCUACUGAAACAGUAAUUAUGACACAAGCCAGCCCAAUUCAAACUGCACAGUCGUCAUUGACUGUAUCUAAUCCCACAAUAUCCAGGCUAAAUCAUCAAAGUGAUAAAUCACCGACUUUCGUUGUUCAUGCGACGGGUGAAAUAAAGACAGAACAAACUCAAUGUAUGAAUUUCAAUGGGCAUAUUUCUCAAAUAUCAGCCGCGUCUAAUCAAAUGAUACCAACUUUACACUUGACUCCACAAAAGCAACAAUUAUUAGCAGUUACCCAAGCUCAAAUUCGAGGUAUGUUACAAAAGCAAUCACAUUCACCAUCGGAGCAGGUUGUGCUAAGUAAACUGUGUCAGGAGCAGGCACGAAUUUUAUCAAGUGGAAAAGUUAUCAACAAAAGUACUCUACCCCUUAUACCGGAAUCCACAAAAACUUUGAAUAUAAAUGUGACUGCAUCAAAUGCAUCGGAUCCAACUAAUGUUCCAUGCAUAACGUCUACUAAGCAAUCGUUAACGAUUGUACAAACGCAGACCACGAAUUCUUGCCAAACUUCAACUCUUCCGGCAGAUUCGGUCAGUUAUCAAUCUAAUGCACCGACUUCGAAUUUAUAUAUGCAGAGUACUGAUGUUAGUUCUCCACAAUCAUCUUCGAUUCAGCAAAAGCAGCAGCAGCAGCAAAUUUCUUUCAACCCAUCGACCGCUAAGCAAUUGGCACAACCAAUCCAAAUGGAAAAUUUGCAGUCGCUUAGUUUACCCAGUAUAAACUAUACAGCUAGCUCUAAUUCAGCGAUUACGAUUGAAGUUCCAAAUAUACCUGUCACUCAGUGCGAACCCGAGGAUGUAAAACCAUUAUUAAAUGAAAGUAAAAUGUUGACUUGUUGUCCAAGAUUACCUACACCCGCCGCAGCCACGCAACCACGAGCUGGGCCGUCACUUGCAGGUCAAGUUACGCCACCGAAUCUUAAUCAGGCAGCGGUAAGCAUUCAAAAUCAAUCUACGAUUUCUGAGAGGAUGGUUGUUAGUCCAAAAAGAGCAAUUAAAAGAUCAUAUAGUGCGAGUCCUGAACGAAUACUGGAUAAUCGUAGAGAAUUGUUUACGAAACAAAUAAAAUUAGAUCAAGAUGCUGCUCUGAAUCCAGAUAUCAAAACUCCAUUCAAAGAUGAGGAAGAUGCCUGCAGUAGGCUUUUGAAAUAUCACUGUUUUUAUGAACCAGAGUUUAAUAAAAAUGAUAAAGUUGAAGAUGUUUUUGAGGAAAGUGCUAAACAUCUGCUUAAUAAAUAUAAUUCCAUGAUAGGCAAAUACAAUUAUCUCUUGAUGGUGGACAGCACGAGAGAAACGAGACCUGCAGAAUUGACAAUGAUCGAAAGAAUGCUGCUGAAUGAGGAAAGGGACUUGAGCAUCGCAGAAAAAGAAAAAGCCGCAGCUGAGAAGCUAGCUGAAGAAGCUCGUAAGCAAGAGGAAAGACUUGAACUUGAAGCAGGUUUAUUUGAUGAUUUAAACAAUAGUAUAGGCGACAAUCAUCUACGUGAUGUAUUAGAUUCAAAUGAUGCUUCGAUAAGAUCUAAUGAAUAUGAUGAAUGGGAUGAGAUUCAAAAAGAAGUCGCUCAGCAACAAAAACAAAUGGAUACAUAUCAGGCUGAUAGAGAUCUUGUCAAUGGCGAGGUAUUGAACGUGGCCAAUGAACUCGAACGUGGUUUACUUGAAGAUAGUGAAAGUUUAGAUGAAUUAUCGUUAUUCGCGCAGGCGGGUCAGUUGAGAAAUGAACUCCCUCAGCUGCAUCAACUCCAACAACAUGCACAGAUGCAGCAGCAUCAGCUUCAGCAUUCGCAACUACAACAGCCACAGGCACAGUUGCAAUUGCAGCAGAUUCAACAGCAAAUGCAACAUCAGCCACAGCUGCAACAACAGCAGCAUCGGCCACCACAACAACUACAGACUCCAACACAACGUUUUUCUGCCCCUGUUGAACCGGACGCCAUUCACGCGCAAGUACAGUCUGCCAUUGAGAGCAUUUUAAGCUUGAAAAAACGUUCCGCCAGUGCCCCCCAGGAUCAGCCCGAAACUGGGGAUAUGAUUCACGACCAAACAGUCCAAUAUAGUAGUAUUCUUGGUUCGUGACCCUCUUCAAGUAGAGUUUUUUAACCCGUCUUUGCACGUGGUUCAUUUACGACUUAUAUUUGGAAGGACGUCAAAAUAUUACAGAGUACCCCCACCGAGGUCUCUUCUUUAAUCUCCGUGCUUUCAUUUUGAUGAUCUUGUAAUUAGUUUUGUACAAAUAAUAAAUUGAUAAAAGCAUCACAUUAGAAUGAUAUUUUGUCAGGUUAUCGUGUAAGCUUCGUCGAGCUAUCGAGCAUAUUCUUAUGUGCAUUUAGGUAAUCGUGAUUAUCCCGGCUAUCAAUAGAGAUGAACUCUGCUAGUUUCGAGGAAAUUGUAAAUAUGUUUUUAAUUCGUAUCUUUGUACGUACGCAUGAAUUUAUAAAUGUACUAUCCUAUACACGAUCACUUGUAAGUGUAAAUUUAUUUAUACAUAUGUAUAUUUAUAGAUAAAAAUUAUUAGCAUAAUAAUAAUAAUAAUAAUAAUAAUAAG